CCUUUUUCUUAGCCAAAGUCUCCUUAGUUUCUUUCUUCACUUUCCAUCUUUGCAUUUGCUUUCAGCUAAACAUCCCUCAAUCCUUUGCUCUUCCGGUGGGGUUUGAUCACAAGUGCUUUGUACGGAGGAAUCAAAGAGUUUCUGUUGGAAAUAGGGAAGAAGAAUUCAAGAAAGUGCAAUGGAGGGGAGUGGUUUAGACACCAAGAGGCGAUCACGGCUGAAAGAUGAUUUCACAGAUUUGGUGCUUUCUUGGUCUCUUCAAGAAAUUUUUGAUGAGAAUCUGUACAUAUACCAGGUGGAGGAGAUUCCCCGGUCUUUUGAAUGUGUAGAUCAGUAUCUUGGUUCAUAUGUCUUCCCUUUAUUAGAGGAGACACGGGCUGCACUUGCUUCCACCCUGGAAACCGUCUAUAAAGCACCUUAUGCUGAAGUAACAUCUUUCAACGAGUUAAAGGGUGAUAAAUUGCAAUAUGAUGUUAAAGUUGAUCACUGGAGAAAUAGAAUAACUGAGCGUGGGAGGGAGCCUUAUAGAACCUUGCCUGGUGAUGUUGUUCUGCUUUCCGAUUCUAAACCUGAAACUGUAUAUGAUCUACAUCGUGUUGAAUGGACAUUUACUUUUGCAUUGGUGACAAAUACUGUGGAUGAUGAGACUCAUGAGAGUGGAGAUAAUUGUACACCCUCCAAUUUCAAAGUGAAAACAGCAAAGCACGUUGAAGUUGGAGAUGGAAAAAGCAACUCACUCUAUGUCACUUUCUUGAUGAACAUGAUAACAAAUAAAAGAAUUUGGAAUGCUCUGAGCAUGCGCCAAAAUCUAAAGAUCAUUGAGAAAGUAUUAUCCAAGAAUGACUCGGGUGAGGAAAAUUGUGACUUUUGCCCUCUCAAAUGCAGCAGUGAGAUAAAGGAGAAAUUUGGCUCGACUUUGUUCUCCAAUUUAAAUGACUCCCAAAUUGAGGCUAUUUUGGCCUCUAUAUCAAAAACUGAAUGCAACCAUAAGUCUUCCGUGGAACUCAUAUGGGGUCCACCUGGGACUGGAAAGACAACCACAUUAAGUAUUCUGCUAUACAUUCUCUUGAAAAUGAAUGUAAGGACACUCAUCUGUGCUCCAACAAAUGUGGCAAUUAAGAAUUUGGCUUCUCGAUUGAUGGCACUAGUGAGAAAUUCAGUUGAAGCUGAAUAUGAGAAGAGAUUUCUCCCAUGUCCUUUAGGAGACAUGCUCAUCUUUGGGAAUAAGGAUCGUCUGGAAGUUGGUUCAGACGUUGAGGAGAUAUUUUUAGAUUAUCGUCUUGAAAGACUUUCACAUUGCUUAGUGCCACUAACUGGUUGGAAACAUUGCGUUGCAACCAUGCUCAAUUUUCUUGAAGAUUGUGUUUCCCAGUAUCAGAUCUACAUGGAUAAUGCGCUAAUCCAAGCAAAAGAGAGCCUUGAGGAUGAUGUUCAGCAGUCCACCAAAUCCAUUUUGGAGUUUGCUAGAGAUCGCUUUGCUCACAUAGCAACACCUCUUAGAAGCUGCAUGUCAACAUUUUUGAUUCAUUUACCAAGAAGUUGCAUUCUUGAACACAAUUUCCAAAGGAUAGUUCAACUCAUGUCUCUGCUCGACUCUAUGGAAAUAUGCUUGUUUGAAGACAGCAGCAUGACAUCUGAAGAGCUGGAAAAUAUCUUUCUGGAACAGCAAAUGAUUAGUUCUAAAUCAUUUGUUGAUACAUCUUCCUUAAUGUAUACCAGAAGUCAGUGUCUAUCUAUAUUAAGAUCUCUUCAGGCUUCUCUGGCUAAACUCAGCCUUCCAGUUGUUACUAAUAUAGCUUCCACGACAGAGUUCUGUUUCCAAAAGGCUUCUUUAAUAUUUUGUACCACUUCGUCAUCAUACAAGCUACACUCAUUUGAUGUGGAACCAUUUAAAUUGUUGGUCAUUGAUGAAGCUGCUCAAGUCAAGGAGUGUGAGUCAAUUAUAGCUCUUCAGAUCCGAGAUGUGAGGCAUGCUGUUCUGGUCGGUGAUGAAUGGCAAUUACCAGCCAUGGUCAACAGCAAGAUCUCGGAAGAGGCUGGUUUCGGUAGAAGCUUAUUUGAGAGAUUGGGUUCACUGGGUCACUGUAAGCGUCUGCUUAAUAUGCAAUACAGGAUGCAUCCAUUUAUAAGUUGCUUCCCAAAUUCGCGUUUUUAUCUCAAUCAGAUAUUAGAUGCACCUAUGGUACAGAGUGCAAGCUACAAAAGAUGUUAUCUUGAGGGGAAGAUGUUUGGUCCUUAUUCAUUCAUUGACAUUCGUUGUGGACGAGAAGAACUCGAUGAUUAUGGGCGUAGCAGAAGAAACAUGUUUGAGGUUGCUGUAAUAGUGAAGCUAGUCCAGAAACUCUUCAAAGCAUGGAAUCACUCAAAAGAGAAACUCAGCAUUGGUUUGAUAUCUCCAUAUGCUGCGCAAGUUGUGGCAAUUCGAGGUAAACUUCAUCAGACUUUUCAAAACCAUGAGAAGUUUAAGGUUAAGGUGAAGUCAAUUGAUGGGUUUCAAGGUGGAGAAGAAGACAUCAUAAUUAUAUCUACUGUAAGGUCUAAUAAUGGUGGAUCCAUUGGUUUCCUGUCUAGUCCCCAAAGAACAAAUGUUGCUUUGACAAGGGCUCGUCACUGUCUCUGGAUAUUAGGAAAUGAAAGAACUUUGAGUCAAGCUGAUUCAGUUUGGGAAGCACUAAUAAAUGAUGCUAAGCAACGCCAAUGUUUCUUUACUGCUGAUGAAGAUUGCGACAUUGGAAAUACUAUUAUAGAUGUUAAGAAAGAAUUGGACCAGCUUGAAGAUCUGCUCAGUGGUGAGAGUAUACUUUUCAAAUAUUCAAGAUGGAAGGUUUUAUUCAGCGAUAAUUUUAGAAAAUCAUUUCAGACAUUGAGACCUUCCUAUGCUAAGAAAUUGGUCAUAAAUUUGUUACUUAAGCUUGCAAGUGGCUGGCGGCCCAAGAAAAUAAAUGUGGAUUGGACAUGCGAGAGCUCUUCAUAUGUUUUGAAAAAAUUUAAGGUUGAAAACUACUUUGUUGUUUGCUCCAUUGAUAUAAUUAAGGACUCCAUCUAUGAACAAGUUUUCAAAGUGUGGGACAUAUUUCCUGUGGAAGAGACCCCAAAGUUGUUGAAACGGCUUGAUUCCAUAUUUGCUAUGUACUCGGAUGAUUUUGUCAACCGCUGCAAGGAGAAGGUGUUUGAGGGAAACUUGGAGGUGCCAAAGAGUUGGUCAGUUUCUCAUGAUAUAAUCCGGUUCAAGAAUAAUGUGAAUAGCACCAAACUCAGCGCUGAUGCAAGUGCAUGUGCAAUUGAUUGCAGAACUUACGUUGAGAAUUCCAAAGUGAGUGAGAGCUUGUUGUUAAUGAAAUUUUACUCUUUAUCAACUGGUGCGGUAAAUCAUUUACUCUCUGACCGUGAGGGUAGAGAAGUGGAUCUCCCAUUUGAGGUUACUGAUGAGGAGCGUGAGAUCAUCAAAUUUCCUAGGAGCAGCUUUAUACUAGGUAGAUCUGGCACUGGAAAGACAACUAUUUUGACGAUGAAACUUUACCGCAUGCUACAACAGUAUUACAUUGCUUCACAAGAUUGUGUAGCGGCUGAGAACAGUGUGCAUAUCAGUAGCCAAGUUGGUGUUGGUCAGUACCGAGGUGAAUCUAGAGGAACCAUCUUGCGCCAGCUUUUUGUUACCGUGAGUCCCAAACUUUGUUAUGCUGUCAAAAAGCAUGUAUCGCAGCUGAAAAGCUUUGCGAGUGGAAGCUUAUUUGGAAACAAGAAAUUAACUGAUACGGAUGAUAUUGAUGAAAUGACUGAAUUUAAAGACAUUCCUGACACAUUUAUUGGCAUUCAGCCGGAGAAGUACCCUCUGAUGAUUACAUUUCAUAAAUUUCUAAUGAUGCUUGAUGGUACUCUGGGUAAUUCAUAUUUUGAGAGGUUUCAUGAUGUCAGAGAUUCCUCUCGACAUGAAGGUAGAAGAUCAGUUGCAUUGCAGACUUUUAUAAGGAAAAAUGAGGUUACUUAUGACCGUUUCCAGUCCUUAUACUGGCCCCACUUCAGUGAAAAGCUGACGAAGAAUCUUGAUCCUUCAAGAGUGUUUACUGAAAUAAUGUCUCAUAUUAAAGGAGGUUUACAAGAAGGAGAAGCAUGUGAUAGCAAGCGAAGCAGGCAGCACUACAUUUCAUUGUCUGAGAGUAGAAUCUCCAUGUUAAGUGCAGAGAAGAGGGAGGCGAUUUAUAAUAUCUUUGAAGCCUAUGAGAAAAAGAAGAUGGAGCUUGGUGAGUUUGAUCUUGCUGAUUUUGUGCUUGAUAUUCAUAUCCGAGUAAACAAUGGGAAUCUGCUGGGUGACAAAAUGGACUUUGUCUACAUUGAUGAAGUGCAAGACCUUACCAUGAGACAAAUUUCCCUUUUCAGAUAUAUAUGCAAAAAUGUUGAUGAAGGAUUUGUUUUUUCUGGUGACACAGCACAGACAAUUGCAAGAGGGAUUGACUUUAGGUUUGAAGAUAUUCGAUCCUUGUUCUAUAAUGAAUUUUUUAUGAAAUCUAGAAAUUGUGAAUUUUCAGGAAGAAAAGAGAAAGGACACAUAUCCGAUGUUUUUAGUUUGUCCCAGAAUUUCCGCACUCAUACUGGAGUGCUUAGAUUAGCACAGAGUGUCAUAGAUCUAAUUUGCCAUUUUUUCCCACAAUCUAUUGAUGUACUAGCUCCAGAGACUAGUCUUAUAUAUGGUGAGUCUCCUGUUGUACUUGAGCCUGGCAGUGAUGAGAACUCUAUUAUAACAAUUUUUGGACAUAGUGGAAAUGCUGGUGGGAAAUGGGUGGGCUUUGGUGCUGACCAGGUUAUCCUUGUACGGGAUGAUUCUGCAAGAAAGGAAGUUUCCAACUAUAUUGGUGAUCAAGCUCUCGUUCUAACGAUAGUGGAGUGCAAGGGCCUCGAGUUUCAGGAUGUCCUGUUGUACAACUUUUUUGGUUCUUCACCUAUGAGUAGUCAAUGGAGAGUUGUCUAUGAAUUCUUGAACGAAAAAGAUCUUCUUGAUGCCAAUUCUCCAAAGUCGUUUCCAAGUUUUAGCCAGUCGAGACAUAAUAUAUUGUGCUCUGAACUGAAACAAUUGUACGUGGCAAUUACUCGUACAAGACAAAGAUUAUGGAUAUGUGAAAACAAUGAAGAGCUCUCCAAGCCUAUGCUUGAUUACUGGAAAAGGUUGUGCCUUGUGCAAGUGAGAAAAAUAGAUGAUUCUCUUGCAGAAGCAAUGCAAAGGGCAAGCAGCCCUGAGGAGUGGAAAUCGCAGGGAAUCAAGCUCUUUUGGGAAAAAAACUAUGAGAUGGCUAUAAUGUGCUUUGAGAAAGCAGGAGAAGAAACGUGGGAGAGAAGAGCUAAGGCUUGUGGUCUUAGAGCUGCUGCUGACCGUCUCUGUGUUUCAAAUCCCGAAGAAGGUCGUGUAAUGCUUAGAGAGGCUGCAGAAAUGUUCGAUUCCAUUGGAAGAUCUGAUUCUGCAGCAGAAUGUUUCUGUGACUUGGGGGAUUUUGAGAGAGCAGGAAAGAUUUAUUCUGGUAUGUCUGAGCUAAGAAAAGCUGGUGAAUGUUUCAGUUUAGCUGAAAGUUAUGAAAUUGCUGCGAAAGUUUAUGCCCAAGGAUUCUUUUUCGAGGAUUGCUUGUCAGCAUGCACCAAAGGAAAUCUUUUUGACCUGGCCUUACAUUAUAUUGAGUACUGGAAACAGCAAGCAUCAUGGAGUAGUGGAACUGUAACAGCAUUUAAGAAGAUCGACAAAAUCGCUCAGGAGUUUUUGGAAAAAUGUGCUUUAGAAUGUUAUAGCAAAAGUGAUAAUGCAUCGCUAAUGAAGUUUGUUCGAGCUUUCCCCACAAUUGAAUCCAAACGCAACUUCUUGAAGUCCUUGGACUGCCUUGAGGUGCUUAUGAUUUUAGAGGAAGAGUUGCAAAACUUCAAUGAGGCUGCAGAUAUCGCAAAGCGCCUUGGAGAUAUUCUCCGUGAGGUUGAUCUGCUGGAAAAGGCAGAAGAGUUUGCAAGUGCUUCCUUGCUCAUACUUUCUCAUGUGCUUUCUAGUUCUCUAUGGGCGUCGGGAAGCCAAGGUUGGCCUCUAAAGUCAUUUCCUGGGAAACAGGAACUUUUAACUAAAGCGAUGUCUUUAGCGCAGAGGGUUUCUGGAACAUUUCAUGCAUCACUUUGUGCUGAGGCCAAAAUUUUGUCAAAUGAGCAUAAGAGCUUGUCUGAAUUGAUGCAGUUUCACAUUUCUUCUAAGCAAUAUGAAUCUCAUGUGGGUGAAAUUCUAUCGAUUAGAAAACUUUUAGAUGCUCAUUUCCAGAUCAAGUCAGCGAAGUAUGAACGGGAGCCAGAAUUGCACAUUGAUCCGACGUUAUGUAUAGAAAGAAUUUCCAAGAAUCAAGUCUCUGGCGGAACCCUGGUUUAUGUUUGGUACUUGUGGAAGUCACACAGUUUGGAGAUCUUCAAAUGUCUUGAUACUCUUGAAAGACUGGAUUUCAUCAGGUGUGAAGGUACUGUCCGGUUCUGUUUCAGAUACUUUGGAGUGAGGUUGCGGCAUGAUCUAAGUGUAACCUGCCUCUUGCUGAAUCCUGAUGCUGAAUGGGUUAGAAAUGUUGAUGAGAGGUUCAUGCUGCGGCACAGAAAUGUGGUAACUCUUGAUGCACGUCAUUUUGCUUCAGCUGCUCGAAAAUACUGGCAUCAAGAAUUACUUUCUGUCGGGCUUAGAGUAUUGGAGGCUCUUCAUGCACUUUAUAAAUUUUCUUUGGUGAACCCCUUGUCCAAGUACUACCAAUGCGUGUAUCUUACUUGCAUUUUUGAAAUAGCAAAGUUUGUUGAGUCUAAUUCACUUGAUAUAAAGAAAGAUGAAACCAGGAAGCUGCAGAAUUUUCUGCAACUAUCAACCAAAUACUUUGAAAUUGUUUUCCCAUUGGACCCCCGGCAGUCUUUAUCAGAAGAUAUAAUCUCACUGAGGGAAUCCGAACCUUCCAAGAAUUUACUUGAAGAAAUUAUUUCUAGAAAUCUCGGUACAAGGAAUGAACUGACUUACGGGCAGAUAGGGCGGGUGGUGAUGAUAAUGCUGGGAUCCGGCAAGCCAAAACCUGAGCUUUAUGAGAAAAUUACCGAAAGGAUUGGUAAGGAAUCAUCUUGGAAGUCAUUCUUUGAGAAACUUGGUGGGAUGAUGGAAUCAGAUUCUUCAACCGAAUCUGAACUAGGCAAUUCUGUAGAAGCUCUGAGUCAUGAGUUUUAUAAGGCACUGGAAGAAACAUAUAAUGCCAACUGGAGGGCAAAAGACUAUAUGUCUCCUCAGUGUUUCUUUUAUCUUGUUGAGAGACUUUUGAUUUUGAUGCCGCACUCUCAGGGUUUCUUUUUCACUAUCAAAUCUUCAUUUGUUGAAUAUUUGCUAUGCCUUCAAUCAGAUGCCAAUCCAAGUGCCGGUUUAGUCACAGAUAAGAGGUUGUACCCCAGAAACAUUGUUGACUUUGUUUACACCAUCGUCCGGGAGUGUGUUUACAACUUUCAGAUUACAGCAGAAUGGAUAAAAACUUCUAAUAUUAGUUGCACUUACUAUUUCCCAGUGCUGUUGCUGAGAUUGUUUGUGAUUCUGAGUUUGUUGUGUGUGAACUCGGAACUGCCCUUCAAUGUACUCUUUGAACUGCUGAAUGUACCUGCAAUCAGAUCCCAGCUGCCAAGAGAAUUUUGUCAAGCUUUUCUACGUCGAAAGAAUGGCCCAUGUCUAGCUGCAGUUGUUGAAGCAUUCAAAGUUAUUGGGGAUCCUCUUGUGAUUGUAGCCACGACUGAUAAUGGUCUCGAGUUUGCAUGUCCUGAUGCCGUUUUUCUUGACUUGAGAGCCUUUUCAUGCAGGACAGAUAUCAUGAAGAAACUAUUUCCGAGGAGCAGUAAUGCAUCAUACAGUCAGCUGGCUGCCGCCAAAAGAAAUGUGACUGAAUCAAGCAGUGUAGAGGUUCCUCCUGUCGUUACGGAUCAAGGUAAGAGUACCUAUAUGGAAUCUUCACUGUUGGCAUCCAAAACUGAUUCAAAUUUGAGUUCAGAGAAGGGGAAAUGUAAUGUACUGAUAAACUGGGGUCUUAUUCGGGAAUUAUUUGACGUCACUGAGUCCAUAAGAAAUAGAAACCAUGAAAACUUGAAGAGCCUUUUCCUGAGAAAGAAGGUGGAAGUGGAGGAGCAUAUCAACUUUUUAACUGUUGAAAUGGUCAGGUUAACUGAGCAGAGGUCUAAUUCUGGUGAAGAUAAAACGGUGCUGUGUGAAGCCACCAGCAUUAUCGAUGAACUGUUCCGGCUUUCCUUAAUGUUAGUCACAAGUGAAAUUGAUGAUAAAGCAUUGUCGGAGAUUGGAGAACUUUUGAAGAGCUUGGAAGCAAGAAGGCCCCAACUCGACACACUAUUGAUUCCAUCGCCAACGCAGAACGAUCCAAAUGGAUGUGUUUCUGGAACGAUGGACGACAACACAAUUUCUCACAGCAACGACAGCACUGAAGUUAGAAAAAGGGACGAUGUAGCCGUUGCUGCAAACAAUCCCAAGGACCAGGCUUCCGGGUCUCGUCAGGGAAAAGGAAAGGGCAACAAGAAGAACAAGAAAUCGAAAAAAGGAAGAGGAGGUCGUGGAAAGUAAGUCUGCUUUAUUUCCAUGGUCCGUUUCUUGAUGAAUGACCAUCUAUUCUUGUUUUGUUCAUGAGUUUUAGAAACAAACUACUUUUGCAAUAUGAUCAAGAAUCAGGUUGAACUUUGAUAGUCUCACAAGUUGUAUCUGUUAGAAGUUGUCAGCCAGCGGUUAGUACAAAAGCAACAAAACGAUUAUCCCGACAGCACCAGUUUGUGUUUGGUUGAACCAACAAUGUCCAAUUUAACCAAUAGCAACGCAAAAAAUACA